AAAGACGAUUCGCCGCUUGCACUUUACCCCUAAAAUUUCAAAUAAGUGGAUCUUGAAGAUUUUUGCCACCUUUUCUCCUAAUGCCUGCACUCUGCUCCAUUUGUAAAAACCCUAGAACCCACCGCCAUUUCCCAAUUGAAAAUCAUCCUCAUAGACUAAUAGCAAUAGUUUAAUCACAACGACAAUGGCUGGAAUAUUGAAGCCCCCGGGGAAUUUCGCAGUAACUCCCCACAAGGUUUCCAUAUGCAUUUUAAUACAAGUCUACGCCCCGCCUUCUGAAAUAUCCGUUCCCUUCCCCUUCUCCUCCGUUGCUCAUCAUAACUCUCUCGGGAUUUUCCUUCUAUCCCUUACUAAGGCGUGUGACAGUAUUUUUGAGCCGUCAUUGGAUGAAUUAAUAGCUCAAUUAAGAGAAAUUGGUGGGCUAUUAAAUCAUUGGUUGAGCGAUCAUUUGACUCGUAGACUCUCGUCUUUGACUUCACCUGAUGACUUGUUUAACUUUUUUAAUGACUUGCGAGGGAUACUUGGGGGCUCUGAUGCCAAUGUUGUUGACGAUGAUCAGAUUGUGUUGGAUCCCAGUAGUGCUCUUGGAAUGUUCGUUAGGCGUUGCUUACUUGCCUUCAAUGUCAUGUCAUUUGAGGGUGUUUGUCAUCUUUUAUCUAAUAUAGGGACAUAUUGUAAGGAAUCCCUUUCAGAUUGUCCGCCUUUCGAGUUAUCACAUUUAGAUGAUUCUAGUAAUGAUCCAGAAUUAGAAUACGAGAAUAUGGAGUUGGAGAAUUUUGUUUUCGAGAAAGUUAAUGAAGAAUUUGAAGCCAGGAAAUUGGCAAAUGAAAGAGUUUCUUUCCAUAGUCAUGCUCCUGGAGCACUUUUUGAGUUAGUUGAAGAUACUGAUUUUGCUCCAAGCUCCAGUGCGAAACAUAUUGAUAGGCCUCGAGAAGUUAGCUCGUCUGCACCGUCAACCAGUGAUACAUUAAGAGUUACUGACCCCCCCAGUGGCACUUUCCUACGAACAAACUGGCAGGUUCAGGGCUACCUUUCGGAGCAAGCAGAUGCCAUCGAGAAACAUGGGAGCUCCUUCCCUCUACACACUUUUGAAUCUAUACUAAAAAAGCUUCAGAAAUCAGCUCCAGAAUUACAUCGAGUUCACUUCUUGCGUUACUUAAAUUGUCUUCAUCAUGAUGACUACCCUGGUGCAUUGGAGAAUCUUCAUCGUUAUUUUGAUUACAGUGCAGGGACUGAGGGUGUUGAAUUUGUUCCUGCUCCAUCUGGCUGCAGUGGUUUGGGAAGAUAUGAAAUUGCUUUGUUAUGUUUGGGGAUGAUGCAUUUUCAUUUAGGGCACCCAAAGGAAUCUUUGGAGGUUUUAACUGAAGCAGUUCAAGUUUCCCAGCAGCACAGCGAUGAUACAUGUCUUGCCUACACAUUGGCUGCCAUUUGUAACCUCUUGUCUGCUAUUGGCUUCUCAAAUAUGACUGGAAUUAUUGGAGCAUCAUAUUGGCCAGUUGCUGGUAUAGGCACUUCAUCAUCCAUUCAACAACAAUUAUUUGUACUCUUGAGGAGAUCCUUAAAGAGAGCAGAAAGUUUAAAGCUGAAACGAUUGGUGGCAUCCAUUCAUCUUGAAAUUGCUAAAUUUGACUUGGCGCAUGUUCAAAGACCAUUGCUCUCUUUUGGUCCAAAGGCUUCCACGAAGCUUAGAACACGCCCAGCCAAUAUCUGCAAGGAACUAUGGACCAGUUAUCAUCUGAUUAGCGAAUUUACAGAUGAAACUUCUAUAAUGACCAUUGAUGGCGCCUUCUGCACUUCAUGGCUGCAAAAUUUGAAAAAACCUACAGGUUUAUUAGUUUACUCUCAAGAAAAUGAAACCAGGGGUGAUUCCAACAGUUUCAACUUUAGUGCUCAGCCAAGUUCUAUACCAGGAUCGGUGUUACACUUAUUGGGUUCUUCCUACUUGGUUCGUGCUGCUGCAUGGGAGGCAUAUGGCAGUGCUCCUCUAGUUCGAAUAAAUGCACUGGUUUUUGCUACAUGCUUUGCUGAUUCAUCGAGUUCAGCUGAUGCUGCGUUAGCAUAUGCAAAACUCAUCCAGCAUUUGGCAGUAUUCAAAGGAUACAAAGGUUGGACCUACGACCAAAUGCUUCAAUUGUUCUUGCAGGCUGCAGCUAUAGCCCACUCCCUCUUCUGCAUGUGUUAUAAGUUUAAUAUGCAGGUCCAAAAUGCUACCGUUCUUCUCUUGCUUGCUGAGAUACACAAGAGAUCAGGCAAUGCUGUUUCGGGAAUUCCCUAUGUUUUGGCUUGCCUUUCAUUCUGCCAGUCAUUUAAUUUAGAUCUUCUCAAAGCCUCUGCAACAUUGACGCUGGCUGAGCUAUGGCUUUCUCUUGGACCAAGUCAUGCAAAAAAGGCUUUAGCCCUUAUACACAGUGCUUUUCCCAUACUACUUGGCCAUGGAGGUUUGGAGCUGCGCAGUCGGGCAUUUAUAACUGAAGCAAAAUGCUAUCUAGCUGAACCAAGCUUUUCAGUUUCUGAAGAUCCGGAGAUGGUUCUGGAACCUUUAAGGCAAGCUUCAGAAGAACUUCAACUUUUGGAGCAUCAUGAAUUGGCAUCUGAAGCUUUUUACUUGAUGGCCAUUGUCUAUGACAAGCUGGGGCAGUUAGAUGAGAGGGAAGAAGCUGCAGCUUCAUUCAAGAAACAUAUUACAGCACUUGAAAAUCCCGGAGAGAAGGAUAAUCCUCUUUCAUUUUUUCUGUAAAAUGCUACUUUGUUAAGAAUUAAGCAGAUUGAAGAUAUAGCAUCACAUUUGCUGGAUUCUACGUUACUGCAAGAUCAGGACAAACCAUUGAGGCGCUGAAAAUACGUGCACAAGACUCGGUGAUGCAUUGCAAUAUUUGUUGGGGUUUGUAAGUUCAUUUUUGUGGCUCUUCAAGGAAGUCUUAAUUGUUGUGUAAAUGAAGUAUGAAUUUAAAAGUAGUAAUUAAAGCAUUAUUGGGUGGAAGCUAUUUAUUUUAAAGUUAUAUUAUUUAAAGCCUCAUCUA